AUGUCAAUAAUUAUUAUAGUAUACGAAAAUCCACAAUUACAAAGUCCAGAGUAUUUCGAGAAUGUUUUACCAAGACUUUGUCAAUUAGUUCGCAGCUUGUCAUUACCGGCAAAAGCUGAACUUGUACGCUUUUGGGCAAAAUUUAAUGAAUCGCAAAUGCUUCAACUUGUUAUUUCUUUACAACAAUACUUAACAUGUACCGUCGUUAAUAUUCUCGCAUGCUCAGAUACCGAUAUACUGACAUCGAUAGAUAUUUCUCUAUCCAACAUCUUAUACAACUUAGACAUGCUCUAUUUGGCUAACUGCUUAGGCGGUAUAACACGUCAAAGUAACCUUGCUCAUUCUGAGAUAGUAACAAAUCAAGCUAGUACUACCGCCAAUGCUGAUGCAAGAAGUGAUCAAGUUGGCGUCUUUAUGAGAACCGUUGGUGGGCUUCGUCGAAAACAAGACAUUAGACAUCAUGAGCUACAGAGACUACUUAAUAUUGAUCCUGCUAUUUGCCGUCGCCCAAUCGUUACGUUUAGUGCAUUUUAUAAUGAGGCAUUAAGUGAUGCAAUCGAUCCUCGCUACGAUUAUCGAAGAUUUACUGUUAAUGACAUAUGUUUAUUGGACUUUCCUUGCGUUAUUAUGCCCUUUAAUAAAACGCAGUAUCUUUCGUUGGAUUGUCGUUUACGACAGAAUGACGAAAUUGGCGCGGCAAUUAUUUUAAGCCUACUCAAUCGUGAUGUACCUAAUCCAUUUUUAAUAAUUCGUGUUCGUAGAGAUCAUCUUAUUGAAGAUGCUUUAUGGCAGCUGGAGCAUGUUUCAGAUGAUAAUCCAAGUGCUUUAUUAAAACAAUUGAGAAUUAAAUUUGUCGGAGAAGAAGGUGUAGACGAUGGUGGACUUUCCAAGGAAUUUUUCGUACUUAUCAAUCAGGAAAUUUUUAAUCCAGAAUAUGCUAUGUUUAGGUACAAUGAAAAAGCUGGGACUUAUUGGUUUACACCUGAUUCUUAUGAAACAGAUGCACAAUAUAAGCUAGUUGGUAUACUUGUAGGAUUAGCUAUCUACAAUGGCAUCAUUUUAGACGUUACCUUCCCUAUGGCUUUGUAUAGGAAACUAUAUGGGCAGAAAUUAAUUUUGGAAGACUUAAGUGAUUGCUUUCCAGAAAUUUGGCAAAGCUUGGUAAACUUAUUAAAUUAUGAAGGCGAUGUGGAAAAUGACUUCAUGUAUACUUUUAAAAUUAGUUACACAAACGUAUUUGGUGAUGCAGUUACUGUAGAUCUUGUGGAGAAUGGUGGUGAAAUUUCUGUAAAUAAGAACAACAGGGAGGAAUUUAUUAGACUUUACACGGAAUUUCUAUUAACAAAUUCGGUCAAAAAUCAGUUUGAUGCUUUCAAAAAGGGUUUCAACAUGGUAACUGAGGAUUCUUUGCUCAAAUACUUGUUUCGACCUGAUGAAGUUGAUAUGCUUGUAUGCGGUAGUAAGUGUUUAGAUUUUCAUGAGCUAGAAAGAGUUACAUAUUAUGAUGGAGGAUUAACAAAAGAUUCAACCUUAGUCAAGGAUCUUUGGGAAGUAGUACAUUCUUUCGAUGAAGAAAGUAAACGUAAAUUCUUAAAAUUUACGACUGGUAGUGAUCGCGUACCAGUUGGAGGAUUAUCAAAAAUUAUGUUUCGCGUUAUUAAAAAUGGUGACGAUUCUACUAGGCUACCGACUUCUCAUACAUGCUUCAACGUGUUAAUGUUAUGUAAUUAUUCCAGUAAAGCAAAGCUUAAAGAACGGUUACUCUAUGCAAUUAACAAUGGAAAUGCUGGUUUCGGUCUCUCAUAA